GUAAACAAAGAGGCAAUGCACACAAUACAGCUAACGUUAGCUAAACAACAAAAUAAAGAGUACAAAUACCCAAGAUUACCCUAAAAUAGAAGUUGCGUGGGUUCCAUAAUAGCUUCAACGACACAUAGGGUCCUGAAAAAAGAAGUAAAGUGAGGCAGUGGAAGUGAGUAAAGGGAUGCUGAAUAUGUCUGUUCAUACAGAUGACUGGCUGCGGACUUCCUCUGGAAUGUUCUCUUGUUAUAGUCAAUAUGGGGAAGUUUGGCCAGCAUGUCAGACAUAAAAGUCAGCCAGAAUCCCAGAACUGGAGAGAUGAAUGCCAAGAUGGAGGUAUUUGUCUGGUGUCUGUUUGUCUGUGCAUUUCUGCAAGUCAGUCAUCAAAAUCCAGUGGACCUCUGGACUCUGCUGCCCCACAUUUUGGUUGUGGAAGUGGAUGGCACGGAGGGCCAGCAGCCCCUGAGCUGCCUGGAGCUGCCAGACGAGCUCAUGGCAAGAGACAUCAAGAAUGAGGAUAUUUUUUGGAGAAAGAACGGGUGGGAGGAAGAACAGAGGGGAAACACGUAUCUGCUGCAGCUGGAGGAAAGCUUAGGAGGGGGAAACUACACCUGCCACAGCAAGGAUGGAUCACUCCUCAAUCACACCGUGGUUCUGAUCCAAGAGGACGAAGCUAUCAGGAGAAUUCUUAUGAAAAGUGAACAGGAAGGUUAUUUAAAGUGCUCCGCUCAAAAUUACAACGGAGAGUUCCACUGCUCCUGGACCUGGCACAGCAAUCGCGUUGGCAAAGUAGCAUUCAUCAAAGCUCAACGUGUAUCUGACACCCAGUGUUCUGUGGAUGAAAGCGGCCAGCGUUGGACAUGCUCUUCAGGUCAGAGUAACUUCAACUGUUCAGUAGACAACAGCGGACACAGGGUUGUGUGCCUGGAGGAGCAGCACUGCCCCUACGCCGAGGAGAGCCAGCAGAUCCACAUCAGUGUCUACCUGAGAACGGAGCACUUCCUGCUGGAGAACUACUCUAAACGCUUUUACCUGUCAGAGAUAGUGAAACCCGACAAGGUGAGCAUUGGUCAAGUCAACACCACGAUGGUAGAGUGGAGUUACCCAAGCUCCUGGAGCAGUCCCUACUCCUACUUCCCUCUUACUUUCGAGAUUGCACAGCUCAGGGGGCGAUGCAAAAAGUGUGACAACCCGUGCACUGACUCAAAAGCCACUAAGACUUCGACAGUUCCCUCUACCAACAUUUGUCAGUUUGAAGUCAAGCACAAGGUUAAGGCCGUCUGUGUCCGGGCUAAGGACGCUCUCUGUAACUCCCAGUGGAGCGAGUGGAGCUAUCUCAGAUUGAGGAGACACAAGAAGAACAAACAUCAGCAAAGCAAAAAUUGAGCUUAACAGAAGAAAGAGAAUCCCAAAACUGGAUGUCUCUUAAAAUGUUAUGUUUAUUCAUAUGCUUUUAUAUAUUUAUAUUUAUUUUAUCUUAUAUCAUGUUGUUUGUAAUAUGUCAAUAUUCUUAAUGGUAAUUGAAGAAAUAAAAUAUUUAACACA